AUGGGGUUCCGCAAAACGGGAGGCGCGUGCACGCUCGCCUUCUUGCUGAACCUGCUGUUGAACCUGCGCCUUGAGCACGACCUCGGCUUCAACGACUCGCUGUCCCUGGAAGCGGCUUUGGCCGAGCCUAUCGUGAGGCUGGUGGACUCGGGUGAAAAUUUGACAGAACCUAAAGAAGUAGAAUUUGGAGAAUGCACUGUUACGUGUGGUAUUGGCAUUCGAGAAGUUAUAUUAACCAAUGGAUGUCCUGGAGGUGAAACAAAGUGUAUUGUUCGUGUUGAAGAAUGCAGAGGACCAGCAGAUUGUGGCUGGGGCAAACCUAUUUCUGAGAGUCUUCUUAGUGUGAAGAUACCAUGUAUAUUUGUACCUCCAGAAAAUCGAUUUCAAUACAUUUGGAAAAUGUUGAUUCCAGACCAACAAUCACUCAUUAUUCCUAAUGAUUCAGCUAUUUUGGAAGUACACAGAGAUACUCAUCCUGUUGCAUUUGAGUGCGAUACAAUAGAACAUGAUGAAUUGAUUGCAUCUGUAAAAUACACAGUUUACACCACAGCUGAGCUGGAAACAAGACGUUUGAAGAAGCCAAGUACAGAUAUCGUAUUGGUAUUUGUCCUCAUAACUGGAGUUAUAGUUUGUGUUGGAGUUAUCUUCGCAAUAACCUUCAUCAUUCUUAAUUGGGCUGCUGUGAAAAGUUUCUGGCAGACAAAAGUUUGGAAAAAUAAGGAGGAAUUCGGUUCAGUGAGAACAUCCGUUGGGCAGGCAACCACAGUCGAAGCAUCUCAGAUGUCACAAGCAGAAACCUCUAUGCAGGAACCUGGUCCCUAUCAGGAAUGGAAUGCAGCAGGUGGAGAAGGGGAAGCAGAAGGGGAAGGAGACAAAGGAAAUUAUUAA